AUUUCUCGUCUUCAACCAGGAGUUGAUCUCGACCUCACCCCACCAUUGACAGAGAACUAUAACUCACUACCAAUCCGGAAGAAUCAGCGCCACUCUCAUCCUCCUCCUCGCUUUGCUCUCGGAACCUUUUGGGUAGAAGAAGAUGAGCAGUGAAGUUGCUAGAGUUUACCGUGACAUUCUUAAAGCAGUGGUGAAACAUGUUGGCAAAGAAGACCACAAGUCUCAUUUCACCGACUUUGUCAAGCGCGAGUUUCGCAACAACUCAAACUCACUCCACCUUGACCGCAACUACACUUAUCUUCUUAAUAGCAUUCACUCUCACAAGGUGCUUUGAGCAGAGAAGAGUUAUGGGAAAAGGAGGAAUGUCUCAGGGAGAAGGCUCAAAGGUGGAAGAAGAGAACAUGGCUGCUUGGUUGGUUGGUCUCAACACUCUCAAGAUCCAACCUUUUCCUCUUCCUACCCUUGGUCCUCAUGAUGUGAGAGUUAGGAUGAAGGCUGUUGGAAUUUGUGGAAGUGAUGUUCAUUACCUCAAGACCAUGAGAUGUGCGGAUUUCAUUGUGAAAGAACCGAUGGUGAUUGGACAUGAAUGUGCCGGGAUCAUUGAAGAGGUAGGUGAAGGAGUGAAACAUCUAGUGGUCGGUGACCGAGUGGCUCUUGAACCUGGGAUUAGCUGCUGGAGAUGCAACCUCUGCAAGGAAGGAAGAUACAAUCUUUGUCCUGAGAUGAAGUUCUUUGCAACCCCACCGGUUCAUGGCUCUCUAGCUAACCAAGUGGUUCACCCUGCGGAUCUGUGCUUCAAACUGCCUGAGAAUGUGAGUCUGGAGGAAGGAGCAAUGUGUGAGCCACUAAGUGUUGGUGUGCAUGCUUGUCGCCGAGCGGAGGUUGGUCCUGAGACAAACGUGUUGGUAAUGGGAGCCGGACCUAUUGGACUUGUCACCAUGUUGGCUGCUCGUGCUUUUGGUGUGCCAAAGAUUGUGAUUGUGGAUGUUGAUGAUAACCGUUUAUCCGUAGCCAAACGGCUAGGCGCAGAUGGGAUUGUUAAAGUGACAACAAGCUUAGAGGAUGUUGGUUCUGAGGUUGAACAAAUUAAGAAAGCUAUUGGGUCAAACAUCGAUGUGACAUUUGAUUGUGCGGGUUUCAACAAAACCAUGUCGACAGCAUUAGCAGCCACUCGAUGUGGCGGUAAAGUCUGCCUUGUCGGAAUGGGUCACGGUAUAAUGACUGUCCCUCUCACUCCUGCAGCUGCAAGGGAGGUAGAUGUGGUGGGUGUGUUCAGGUACAAGAACACAUGGCCUUUAUGUCUCGAGUUCCUUACAAGUGGUAAGAUUGAUGUGAAGCCACUCAUAACCCACAGAUUUGGUUUCUCUCAGAAGGAAGUGGAAGAUGCCUUUGAAACCAGUGCUCGUGGAAGCAAUGCUAUUAAAGUUAUGUUCAAUCUCUGAAACAAAAAUAUAAAAGUAUUAUUUGGUCUUCUAAGAACAUUUAAGUGUUUCUGUAAUAAGAAUGCUUCUGUAUCAUCACUCUCGUAAUCCUUCUUCUUGAAUAGAUAAAUAUUUUGUUAUGACUGA